CCUUUAGCACCUCCCGACCUUUUCUUCCUUCAACCAGGCCAUAAUGCCUGAACAAAGGCAACGCAGAGAGGAGCCGGAGCAAGGCGUGCGUCUGAACUCUUUUGCCAGCAUGGCUCAUCCGUUAGCUAACUUUUGCUUUCUCUCUCUCUCCCUCUCUCUCUCUAGUCGUCCAUGUUCCGGCCUCUCAUCCAAGGUGUCGCCAUCUUCCUCGUCACGCAGUUCGCCAUGAGUCAGUUCUUCGGUAAUAAGCAGAAUGCAGCGCCCGGCAGCGGUGCAAACCCCGGACCAGGCGCUAUACCUGCCUUUGCAGAUCGCCCGGCUCGGAGCGAAAUCGAAAGCUAUAGCAACAUCCCUGACCUGAUUGCCCCCAUUUGGCCCGCGGAAAGCCCGUUGGACAUCACAGUCUAUGUUUCUCCAUCUGUUGUUCUCCCUUCGUUCAAAUCGCUUCCUGCCAAGUCUCUCGUUAUGGAGGAGAAGAAGUUUGUUCUCGGAAACUACAGUGACGUUAGGGAAGUGGAUACUGUUAUUGAUAUUCCCAAGGAGGUCCAAAAUAAUGGAACUCUCUGGGCUCACUUCUUUGUUGGGUUGAGCGGACAUCAGCUGGAUCCUACGGCCAAGGACUUCAGCACUGACAGUGCUGUUCACUUUCUCCGUCCUCUCAACCAGUACUUGCCGAAGAGGAAGACGAAGAAGCUUAAGAAUCUCCUCGCCAGCUCCGAUGAGAUGGAGGAGGAAGAGGAUGAUGGUCUUCCCCAAGUAUCGGUCGCAUCUUACUACCAUCCCAACUUCACCCUUUCGUUGAUUCCCGAUUCCGGGGUCCAGAAGUUCACUCAGAUUCACCCCGCUGUCCGACAUCAUACGCAAUUAGAGGCGACUGGUGCUAGGGAUGCCUCCGGAAAGAAUGGGUGGUAUUACCCUAUUGUUUUCUUGAACACCUUCUGGCAGCUGAAGAGCCACAUGACGCAAUUGAACUCUACGGUGCAGACAAUGCCCCUGCGUUUCACCCUUAACAACCUCCAGAACUGGAAGUUCUCCAUGAUGGCCAGUGUUGAUGACAGCGCUAAGGCCACUGCUAGACAAGCUGCAUUCGGAGGUUCUACUCCAGGCGGUGGUGACGGCAGUGAAUUUGAGAUGAUCAAGGAAGUCCUCCUGGAUACGAACAUUUGGUUGUUGGCUACCACGGGCGUGGUCACUAUCCUUCACAUGGUCUUCGAAACAUUGGCAUUCAAGAACGAUAUUUCUCAUUGGCGUAAGAAGAAGGACGUGGUUGGAACAUCCGUCCGUACUAUUUUGGCCAAUGUCUUUAUGCAAACCAUCAUUUUCCUUUACCUCGUGGAUAACAGCGAAAACACCUCCUGGAUGAUUCUUGGUAGCCAAGGAUUUGGAAUCUUGCUGGAAGCUUGGAAGAUCACGAAGACGGUGGAUGUUCGCCUACGCCCACCCCCCGCUGGGUCCUUUUACUCCUUCCUGCCUUAUGUGAUUGUCUUUGAAGAUAAGCAUCAACUCACUGAGACGGAGAAAAAAACCCAGGAGUAUGAUGAGAUUGCAUUCCGCUAUCUCUACAUCGCUGCAGUACCCCUGUUGGGUGCAUAUGCCGUGUACAGCUUGAUGUAUAAUACCCACAAGUCGUGGUAUUCUUAUGUCAUUGAAACUCUUGUUGGCAGUGUCUACGCCUACGGAUUUUUGAUGAUGGUGCCUAGCUUGUACAUCAACUACCGACUAAAGUCCGUCGCUCAUAUGCCCGGAAAAGCCUUGACUUACAAGUUCCUCAAUACCUUCAUUGAUGAUCUCUUUGCAUUUACCGUCAAGAUGCCUUGGCUUCACAGACUUGCAACCUUCCGAGAUGAUAUUAUAUUCUUCAUUUGGCUCUAUCAGGGCUAUAAGUACAAGGUCGAUUACCAUCGUGUCAACGAGUUUGGCCAGGGAGGCGAUAGCGACGAGGAAGAAGAACCAGAACCAGAAGAAGAGGCCACAAAAGCGGAAGGAAAGGCAGAGGUCUCCCAGGCAUCCGGAAAAGAGACCUCUGAAGCUUCUGCUCGAAAGAGGAAGUGAUGACCUGUCAUUGCUCUCUUUGAUUCACAACUCUCUCUCCUCUUCCCUCCAGAAUUCCUAAUGGAUAUUCCCCGUGUUUCAUUGUGAUAUCCAUACCCGCAUGAUUCAGUAUCUUCUAUGAUGUUGUCAUGGAAUGCUAUACUGUAGAAAGGGGUCGAGAUGGUGAAAAUAAUUUAAACAUGAUGCAUAAAUAUGCUCUCUCUUUUCCUGAAAUUGAAUUUAAUCUAUGCCGAAUGUUAAACUUUCCAG